UGUUGUUGGUAAUUUUCCAUUAGUUAGGUUAUUGUUCCAGUGCCCUACAGUCAUCAAAUUUGCAAGAUGGCGCCAAAACCUCAAGAAUUCGCCGGUACAAAGAAAGAUGACAGUGGGGUCUGCCCACCUGGGGAAGAGAUCGUCAUCUCUGGGAUGUCUGGACUCUAUCCUGACUGCAACAAUGUUAAGGAACUCUCGAAUGUCCUUUACAAUAAGAUUAAUCCAGUAAACAACAAGAACCUCCGUUGGGAAUUCAAUCAUCCAGAAGUAACUGACUGCACGGGCAAAGUUCAAGGUCUAGAAUACUUCGACGCCCAAUUCUUCAGGGUACACUACCGUCUGGCCAACUGCAUGGACCCCAUGUCCAGGAAGAUUUUGGAACAAUCAUACCAGGCCAUUUAUGAUGCAGGGAUAAGCUGUGAAUACCUUUCUGGUAAGAAAGUGGGGGUAUACCUUGGAAACUGCUUCUCGGAGACUGAGAAGACUUGUUUUUAUGUCAACACUAUUAACGGCGGUUUUGGUAUCGCGGGAUGUAGUAAAGCUAUGUUCGCGAACCGUAUCUCCUAUUGGUUGAACUCCAAGGGACCAUCAAUGGUUGUGGACCAGGCCUGCUGCAGUUCCUCUGUGGCUCUAGAACUUGCUUACCAAGCAAUCAAACGUGGCGAUUGUGAGGCCGCUCUUGUUGGAGGCUCUGCUCUAUGUCUUCAUCCACAUUCUUUCAUCCAUUAUGGAAGAAUCAUGAGUUUGAGUAUGGACGGCAAGACAAGGUCAUUCGAUCAGAAUGGAUGCGGCUGCGCCAAAUCUGAUGCGAUCAACGUGCUCCUCCUACAAAAAUCCAAGGAUGCUAUUCGUGUGUACGCAGAACUGGUGCAUGUAAAAUCCGAAUUCACGUCUCUAUUGGAGGGAGAUGAAGGGCCCAAAUAUGGUUUCUACCGUAACCCAACACAUGUCGCUAACUUUUUGAAAGAGUUUUACAACGAAGCCAACAUUCCGCCGAAGGAUAUUGAAUAUGUUGAAGCGUUUGGUUCAGGAGUGUUGGAAGCUGAUGAGUCUGAACUUAAAGCGAUCGAUGAAGUGUUCUGCAAGGAUCGACCAAAUACACUACCUAUUGGGAAUGUUAUGUCCAAUAUUGGUUAUAGUGAAGCUGCGUCUGGGCUAUCUUCUAUUACUAAGGUGCUACUGGGUUUCGAAAGAGGUGAAUUUGCUGGAAAUAUUAGCCUCGAAACGCCGCGGAAUGACGUGGCAGCCAUCCGGGACGGUCGUGUCAAGGUGAUCACGGAUCAUUUGCCGACAAACCACGGAUAUGUUGCAGUCAACACUUUCUCAGUCACGGGCUCAAACGCCCACGUACUUCUCAAAGGACGUUACAAACCAAAGGAUCUUACCCGUUACAAGUGCAGCAUCCCUCGCCUGGUGACGAUAUCAGCGAGACAGGAUUCAGCCCUGCUUAACAUCUUUGCAGACCUGAAGAGCCGUACCGUGGACCCUGAGGAACUGGCUCUGUUCCAUAACAUUCAUCAGACCCCUGUCGCUGGACAUUUGGGGCGUGGUUAUUUGAUUCUGGACACAAACGAAGCCAACGAAACGGUGGCUCUAAGUGAAAAGUGCGAGUACUUCGACAACGCGGUCCGUCCACUAUGGUUUGUCUACAGUGGUAUGGGAUCCCAAUGGGCCGGUAUGGGAGCUCAACUCAUGCGUAUACCAGUUUUUGCUGCUGCUAUUGAGAAAUGUCACCGCGUGUUAGAGCCCAAAGGCGUGGAUAUUGUGAGCAUAAUCACGUCACCAGAUAAAACAACCUUCGAUAACAUCUUACACUCCUUCGUCGGUAUCGCCGCUGUACAAAUUGGUCUCACAGAUGUACUGCACUCUAUCGGCAUCUUCCCGGAUAAAAUUAUCGGUCACAGUGUAGGCGAGUUGGGGUGCGCAUACGCAGAUGGCUGCUUCACAGCGGAAGAGAUGAUCCUGUCUGCAUACAGCCGUGGUCUUGUCUCCGUUCAAACGCCUUUUAUUCGAGGCUCCAUGGCUGCUGUUGGUAUGGGAUUCACUGAGAUCUCCAAAUUGUGCCCACCUGAAAUUGAAGUAGCGUGCCACAAUUCAUCGGAAUCCAGUACAAUCUCAGGUCCAGAUGAAGUCAUGAAAGAGUUCGUUGCGUCUUUAACAGCUAAGAACAUCUUCGCUAAGGAGGUUCCCUGCUCCAACAUCGCCUAUCACUCACGUUAUAUCGCAGAAGCAGGUCCCGCUUUACGCCAGUACUUAAGUGAAGUUAUCAAAGACCCGAAGCCACGCAGUGAACGUUGGCUUUCAACCUCGGUCCCAGAAAACAGAUGGGAAGAGGAUCUAGCUAAAUACUCUUCUGCCGAAUACCACACCAACAAUCUACUGAAUCCAGUUCUUUUCGAAGAGACAUCUCGCCACAUUCCUGCUAACGCCGUGCUUAUUGAAAUAGCUCCCCAUGGACUACUCCAAGCUAUUCUCAAGAGAUCCUUACCCCAAAGCUGCAAGAACAUUCCUCUUACACGCCGAGGACACCUUGACAAUGCAAGAUUUGUGUUGGAAGCUAUUGGACAAUUGUUCAUGGAAGGCUACAACCCUAAGAUACAAGCGCUGUACCCCAAAGUCGAAUUUCCGGUGUCAACUGGUACCCCAAUGUUGGCACAUCAUGUUGAAUGGGCACAUACGGAGUCUUGGAUACUUCCGCUAUUCAAAGCGGAUGGUCUUAAGAAAGCCGCUGCAUGUAAAUUCAUUAUAUCUAUGCACGAUGACGAACACAAAUAUCUUCGAGGACACGUUGUGAAAGGCGUGAAUGCUUACCCAUUCGCGGGUGCACUCACGUGUGUAUGGGAUACGUAUAGUAUGGUGUGUGGGGUGGGUCGUCGCAGCCAGUCAGUACGUUUCCGUGACGUGCGCUUUACCGUGCAACCUUUGAUCAGCGACCAACAUCUGCUAACCCUGAAUGUCACCAUACAUCGCGGCACUGGGCGGUUUGAGGUAUCUACUAAGAACUCUGAAAUUAUGACUGGUUACAUUAUGUGGAAUAAUGAGGGCGGGCCUGACGUCACCAAUCCAGAUGACCAGGAAUUAUCUCUGACGUCUGAUGAUAUCUACAAGUUGUUGAAGACCAAAGAGUACAAUUAUUGCGGAGACUUCCGAAGCAUCAGCAAAGCGUCCACAUCGCUCAGUCAAGCAAAAAUUGUUUGGAAUAAGAACUGGGUGACGCUGAUAGAUGGGUUGAUUCAACUAAACAUAUUGAAGAAAAGCCAUGGAGUUUCGGAGCUGGAAUUUAUUCGCCAAAUUGAUCUAGAUGUCGAUAAGAUGCCCAAAGAUGAUGAAAGUGACAGUACUCUUCUAGAUGCUUAUGUCUCAGAAGUUUUGGAGGUUUCAAGAUGCUCUGGUGUAACCUUCCAUGAUGUGAGGUUCUGUUCUCGGCCAGCGAGCAGCGAGAACGUUUCUGUUAAGGCCUACAAAUUUGUACCCCAUUUCCCCAAGGGGCAAAGUAACGAAUCCUCAGCUCUUGCAGUGUUCCUCCAAAUAGUUGCUGAAAAUGUUAACAAAAGCACAAUCAAUGCCCUAGUUGUUAACGAAUCUGACUCUAAAUACAGCGGAUUGAAAUCUGUUGUCGAACAAAUUCCUGGGAUCAAAGUGAACUUAGCAUGUAUUGAUAAGAGAGACCUCCUCAAACUGACCAAUAUUGAUAAUCAAGUUGAUGUCUUAUUCCUCAAUGACUUAUCGUUUGAUGAAUCUCUCACGGAAGCCCUACACAACAUCCUUCCACGCGAUUUCUUCAUCAUUAACAAAGAAUUUUCAGAACCAAAGCAGAGACCGGCUUUUCUCUACAUUCCUCUGUCCUCUCACAACGUCUCCAAUGCCCAAAUCCAACUUAUAAGUUGGCGUCCAAAUCAAUCCCGUUCCAUUUCCAGCGCAGUUACAGUCCAUUCUACUGAAGACCUUGCGUUAUUAGAAUCUAGUCUUUCCAUACUUCCUCCCGGGCAGAACCUCUUGAUUGUGUCCACAUAUCCGAAAGUCCCAGGUUUGUCAGAACUAGUGAAGCAAUGGAGCAAGGCUAGCAGUGGGUCUAACAAGAAGAUAUACGUGAUUGAAAUAAACCACAAGGUGUCCAACGAACAGUGUUUGAACGAAUUGCCACCUCUGAAUUUGACCUUCAAUGUGUUAGAUCAUGGUAUUUGGGGAGGCAAGUACUACCUUCCCGUGGAACGUCAGGUAGAAAGCAAGGGUAAUGCGAUACUCCAGAUUUCUCACGUUGGAGACAUCGAUUCAUUGACCUGGGUUGAAACACCUGAGCCGACUGGACCAGGGAUUAACGUGAAGGUACACUAUUCUACCCUGAAUAGCCUGGACACGAAGAGAAGUAUGGGAGUAAUACCCGUCGAUUUUGAUACGGAUUUAACCUUUGGAAUGGACUUCAGUGGUGUGACGGAAAGUGGUGUCCGUGUUAUGGGUCUUGUUGAAUCGGGUUCCGUGAGUACAAUAGUGCGAGCCAAGACUGAGCAAUUGUGGCCUGUGCCUGCGCACUGGACCCUAGAGGAUGCCGCUACCGUGCCUUUGGCCUACUGUUUGGCCUUCUACUGCUUGAGCAAUAAAAGCAGUAUUUUACCCGGUAUGAGCAUUUUGGUACACGGUGGAACAGGUGCAUUGGCCCAAGCUGCAAUCUCCAUUGCCCUUGCAUUUGACUGCGAAGUAUUUACCACUGUCAGUGAUCUGAAGAAGAAGCAGUUCGUUAAGAAGCUCUUCCCUCAGUUGCAAGAUGACCACAUUGGUGAUUCUCGUCACCACACUUUCGCUGACAUGGUGAGGUCUACUACGAAUGGUAGAGGCGUAGACAUCAUCAUCAGCUGCGCGAAUAAGGAGUUGAAGAAUGCCUCCAUGGGAUGUCUCGCAGAGUACGGCGUGUACUACGAUGCCAGUUUGCUGAUUGAGCGAGAAAACUUUACCCUCGGAAUGAACCAUUUCACUAAAUGCCGCUCCUACGCCACCGUCGAUAUUCGCAGCAUAUUUCAGACUGAACACGAUAUGAAGCGCUUGCAAUUACUCGUAACCGAAGGAAUAGCGCGUGGCUACGUGCGUCCUCUGUCCCGUGUAUCGUUCCCGCCCAGUGACGUCUCUCGGGCCUUCCGCCUCUUGGCUGCAAGUAGACAUCGCGGACGAGUGCUUCUUGACAUGCAGCAGCCCAUUCCUGAUGUUAAACCCAGGCUCCAAAUAUCUCCUGAAUCAUGCAAUUUGAUCAUAUCAGAUGACGAUGUAUUGGCGAUACAGCUGGCUGAUGGGCUGGUCGCACAAGGGGCUAAGCAACUGUACAUUCAGGCGCCUUAUUCUAACGCCUUCCUCGUUAAACAGAGGUCCUGGCAAGACGCUGGUGUACACGUUGUCAUUGACAGACAAGAAUUCUGGAACAAGAAGUAUAUAGAGUUUCUACUUAACAAGAGUAGUGUUCUGGGGAAAAUCCAGAUUAUCUACAUGAUUGCCAGCAAAGCCCAGAACUACAAUGACGCCACUACAUAUUUGGAUGCAUUGUAUUCAGCUUCUAGAAAGUUAACACCACCUGUCGAACACCUUGCUGUAAUCGACAUCGGUAACCGCAUAGGUGAUGACGCAUUCACAUCAGAAUGUCACUAUAAGAACAAUUUGACUAUCAUCAAGUCACCUGAACUUGAAUCGGUGCAAAGCUUGCUGUCAUUUAAGACCGUACUGAAUGUCUUAGAAGAAGGAUUGAACUCCAAAGAGCCUGUGAUUGUGGUGCACCCGGUUCCUAAUAAGAAAUCUUUGUUGGAAGACAUCGCUGCUAUUGCCAAAUUCGAUCUACCGAACAAUUUAGAAGAUACACUCACGCUGCAGGAAUUAUGCAAGGACAGUUCAUUACUAUUCCCAGUGAGAGAAUACUUGCGGGACCAAUGUCACAUCCUCCUGUCGCAAGAAGCCAUUCUAGAUCUUUCUAUAAGCAAGAUUAAAAACAUUGAGGAAAACAUGUUGGAUGCAACAUUCAAGCACAUGGAAGGAUUUGCGCAGUUUUACUCGUACGUAAAUGAAGACGAACUUCGAAGUACCACGGAAAUGGUUUUCCUACCCACGUUAGUGCGAUCGGCUGCUGUGAUGGAUAAUGAGUUUGACGCGAACCAGAAUUUCAUAUGUCUGAUACCAGGUUUGGAAGGUCACAAUGGAAGAUUCGAACUCUUGGCUGAAAGACUGAAGCUGUUCGCUUUAGUACUGCAGCCGGGUCUUGCGCAUCCUGAUGAAACACCUCAGGAAAUGGCAGCUAGAUUUGCCAAGGUUUUAAUUAAAAGAACCGGUAUCAACGGUCACUUCUACCUUCUCGGGUAUGAGACAGGAGUCAUAGUAGCGCUUGAGAUAGCCAAAAUUCUUGAGGAACAAGAUCUAACGGGUACUGUAUUCUGCUUGGGUGGAACCCCUGAAGAUAUCGUAUCAGAAAUCAACCACGUUCUCGGCCAAUACAAGUCCCAAGAAGACCUACAAGAUGACCUUAUCAGACACAUGCUGCGAAUGAACCUAAGCGAUACAACGGUUCAGAUAAAGUUCAAAGGCACAUGGGAGGAGAAAGUGUCCUCAUACGUCCACAACCUUAUAGGAAAAGUGCCUUUGUCCUCACAAUACAAUCAAGACUACAUAAAAUCCGCGUACACACGGAUAAAGCAAAUCCAAAAAUACAAAGUCCAAGUUACUCCCCUGAAAUCUCAAGUGAUAUUCAUUAAGGCGAAGUUGGCAGUGGAAUCAAGUGAUUCGCUACAGAAAUAUUCUGAGAAACCCGUUAUUGUCUAUGAUUUGGAGACUUCAUUGGCGAAUGUGGCUAGAGAUUUGCGGUGCACGGCGAUUGUUAAUCGUCACUUGGAGCCGAAGGUUUUGCAAGAUUUCAACGAAGCCAACCUUUGUUUUACCUACACGAUGAAGACCACAGAUUAAUUUUGUUGUUUAAGUAAGAAGUGGUGUAUUAUUGGAUUAAAAUUUUGUUGCAUUUGA